CCAAUCAGUAUAGUGUUUUUGUAAACAUGUGUAGUUAUUUGAAGACCAUUUUGUCAAAUUUUGAAGCCUUUUAUGUAUAUAAUACUCUUUUGAACCCAUUCUAUGUUUGCAGCAGUUUGAAAACAUAGCCAUGCCUAAGAAAUACAAAGGGAAAUUUGGGAAUAAUCGUUCUGAACGACCAAGUAGCAAAUAUGAUGGAGCUGAAAUCUUCAGGAAUGAAGCUGCUGUGUAUGAUGAUACAGAACCUCGAGAAUCUUUACAACGUUUUAUGGAAAUGUUUCAUGGCAAAAUAGAUGAUAAUGUUAUAUCUAUGAUAUACUCAGAAUGUUUCCCUGAUGUUGAUCAAUGUCUGGAAUCAUUACUUAACUUGAGUUGUGAAGUCAAUACACAACGAACAGAUGAAAAUAUAAAUAUUUCUAGCAAUGAAUUGCAAGAAAUUCCCAUUGAAGAUACUUUGCCAGAAUCCUCAGUUUCUGAAAAUGCUCCUAGGAUUUUAGAAAACAGUGAAAUUAGUGCUUUUGAAGAUAGCAAUACAAAACUGUAUGAAAAUGAUGGAAAUGGAACAGCUCAAGGAUAUGAUUAUUACCAUACUCCACUAGGCAUGAAUUUUAUUGAAAACGAUUCAUCUUUACCCAGCAGUUUGCCAAACUCAUUCCAAUUCAAUGGUGUCUUUCCAUCGAUGUAUAAUAGUCAGAUGUAUCCAGCUCUAGGCCCACAAUAUAAUUCUGAAAGCUUCCCAAAUUAUUAUUAUAACCCUGUUUCUCAAAUAGAUUCAUCUUGUCAUUUCAAGAGUUAUGCAUCUCAAAUAAAAAGUAAUUGUAAUUCACCAAAAUCUAAUCAGUUGCCAUUUUCAUCUAAAGCAAUUUCUUCCCCCAAGAGUGGUCGAAAUGGUUUUAAAUGGAAGUCUGAUGAAUUUAAAAAUGUGAUGGAAAAAAUAAAAAAGGGUUCUCGCAUACUGAUUAUUCUUAGAGGGUUACCUGGAAGCGGAAAAAGCACUCUUGCUAAAAAAUUAAAAUCUUCAGGUGUUGUAUUCAGCACUGAUGACUAUUUUUACAAACAUGGCAAAUAUGCUUUUGAUCCAUCUGUAUUAGAUGAAGCUCAUUAUUGGAAUCAAAAUCGUGCUAGGGAGGCCCUUUUGAAUGGUAUUACUCCUGUUGUUAUUGAUAAUACAAACACCGAAGUAUGGGAAAUGCUACCUUAUGUUAAAAUGGGCAAAAAAUUUAAUUAUGAAAUUGUGAUUUUAGAACCAAAUACUCCUUGGAAAUUUAAACCAAAAGAAUUAGCAUUUAGAAAUAAGCAUGGUGUUCAUAAAGAAAAAAUUACUAAAAUGUUAGCAAGAUACCAACAUAAUAUCACUUUGGAUCAUUUUGAUACUGCAUCGUCAUCAUCAAUAACUGAAGAUCCUGUUAGUAACCCUAAAAAAGCAGUUGAUAAUUUUAAUUUGAUGCCUGUUGGUGAUAUAGCUAAGAAUGAAAAAUCUUCCCUUUCCUUAGAAGCCAUUGUUCACCUAAAUGAACAGUCAUCAGAUAUUUUUCAAGAAAAAGAUUCAAAUGAACAAGAGCAUGACAUUUCUUCUCUUCCUAAGAACUUCAUAUCUAAGGAAUUUCUUUUUCCAACUAAUGAUGCUGAUUCUCUUUUGAUUAAUGAAUGCAAUGAUACUGAAUCUUUUGUUGAACCAGUGAAUGAUAUUAAUGAGGACAUGAAGAUCGAUAAUCUUGAAGAGCUAAAAUCAUUAGCAUGUGAGGAUAGUGAAGAUUCUCAAAGUCUUGGAAAAAAUGAUGCUCAAACAUCUGACCAGGAACUAACAUCUUGGGAAGAAAUAACAGAGCAUGAUGAUGAUUUUCUUUGGAAAACUUCAUCAUUACAAAAUAUACCAUCUCAAUUUCACUGUAAUACUCUUUUAGAAAGUGAAGAGGAAUUAAAAACAGCUGAUCAACACCAAAUGGUUCUUUUAGAAGAAAAACAAAUUACUUGCCAUAAAAAUCUAGCUCAGUGUAAUGAAGCAAGCAAUAUGUCAUGCUUACCUGCUCCAGAUGUUAUAAGUAUUGGAGAACCCAAAUCUCUGAGAAAUAAUUUACAUAGUUUUGUAGAUGUCUUGCCUGAAAUUGAAGAUCAUAUUUCUGAAGAAAAUUUAAAUUCUCACUUAGCUGACCUUUCCUCUGAUUCUGAUGUCAAAAGUGAUGAUUGCAUCUCUCAAAAGACAUACCCUCAUGAUAUUAGUACUGAAAAACUAAAUGUUGGCAAAGCUGAAAAAAGUCUUUGCUAUAAUGAAAAUAAGAAAUUCUUAAAUUCACAUAACUCUGAACUCAAGAAAAAUCUUAGUCUUAAGACCAUUUCUAAAUUGAAUGAUUUAAACAAUUUUACAAUCCCAUCUAAUCAUCAGUUAAGUAAGCAUAAGUCAACUAAAAGUUUUGAUGAUUCUUAUGCCAUUCAAGAAGCAAAGACUAAGAAUGAUAAAGGUUCUGAAACAAAUCUUUUGCGGUCAAAGUUUUUCUCUGUACCCGUUUUAGGAAAUCAACUUAAUAUUUCAGAUGAAAAUUUCAAUAGUCAUCUUACAAAAGGCACAAAGCAUAAUUCAUAUAAUGAAAAACUUUUUAUUGAAACUGAUAUAGAAAUUGGAAAAGAAAACACACCUUCUGAUUUGGCAUCACAUUCAAGUCCUACUUGUGCAAAUUCUUCAUGGGUUAAAAGAAAGAAUAGUUUAAAAAGUAUUUCUUGUAAUGAAAAACUUUUUAUUGAAAAUGAAUUAGAAAUUCCAGAAGAAAAUACUCAUUCUAACUUAGAAUUGCCGAUAAAUGCUUUAAAAAAUCCUUCAUCUUGGGAAGGAAGUGAAAGUCACUUCACUAGUGAGUGUUCAAUGACAGAAUUGUCUGAUUAUUCUAUCAUUAAAUACCCACUUGAUCAAAAUGACAGUAUUAAUAAACAAGAACAAGCAGUGGAAAAUGAGGGAAAUUAUGCACCUAAUUUUGUAGAUCCUAAACCACAACGUGAUGAAAAAAUUGCUAAUAUGAUUUUUAGAAAGAAUAUGAAUGAAAACAAACUUUCUGAAUCAAUUUCUACUGAUCAGGAAAAUUUGGAAGAGUUUGUGGAAUGGGAUUAUGAAACUGAAUCAGAAACAAAAAUUGAAAAUUCUGAUGGAAACUUUGAUGACAAAAAAGAAUUAUUCACUCCUAAACCUCCAAGAAAUUUUUUACAAUCUUCUUGUAAUCCAGUUAAGUUAACUCUUAAUGAGGAUGAUGUGAAAAGUAAUGAUUCUAAUGAAUGUAGUAAAUUAACAAAAAAUAAAAGAAGUCCUUUAUUCAAACAAGCUUAUCAGUACAUGUCAAAGGAUUGGGUAUUUCCUCAGUUUAUUCAAAAUCAAGUACAUGAUGAUACUAUUUUUGAUAUCAUAAAUUCUGCUUCAUAUACUAACUCAGAUACCCAGACUGAACUCAAAGAUUUUAUUUUGAUCAACAAACUUGAAAGAAAUGAAUCAAUCUCUACUGAAUACCGCAUCAUUGAAUCUUCAGAAAUCGGUCAGUGGAAUGAGAAUGUUGAUGAUUUAAAACAUUCCGAUGAAAAUUUAGACGAGUAUGUACCUAGAAUUGCAAUGCUUGAAAAAAGUACAUCCACUGAAGAUUUAGGAACAGAUAUUGAAAUAUCUGAAAAGCUGUCUCAUCUAAAUGAAUGUUUUCCUCAUAUUUCCGAGGAAGAUUUGAAUCAUUUAAUGGGUUUGUGUAAUAAUGAUGAAACUUGGGUGACAAAUUUGCUUCUUGAUUCAGAAUAUAAUCCUUGUUCCAAAAAGUCUAGCAGUACUCAUUAUGAAAACUCUGGAAAGGAUAAUAAUUUAACUUUAUCAUCUACUUGCUCCCAAAAUAGCAUGAAAAAUGUUGGAUUUAAAAUUUUUAAUAAAUCCACAAAACAGUUUGAAAAUGAAGCUUUGCCUUCUACAGAAAAUUUAGUUUGUGCAAUUAAAAAUUCUAACAGCAAUUCUAUCACUGAAAGCGAUUCAACAUCUGAUGAAGGUCAAAUAGAAAAUACAGAACCAAAUAACAUACCAUCAAAUUCUAGCCCUCUUCAGACUCUGCACUUAUCUUUAGAUCCAGUUUUUGCUAUUCAGUUAGAAGAACUUUUUGGUCCAGUGACUUCUGUUGGCUCUGCAUCAACGGAAUCCAGUAAUAUCAUAGUUCAAAUAGAUUUGGAAUUUGCAAAAUUGAUUCACUGCAAGUGGAAGGAUUCUGUGCAAAACAAAGGACAAUCAAAUAAUGAAAAUGUUGAUACUAAAAGCAAAAAGAUGGGAGUUAAGCUGUCUGGUGAGAAAAUUAAAAAGGAUAAAAAAAUUGUUAAUGCAGUUAAAAAAAAUAAUGGAGAACCUAUGUCUUUGUCCGAAAUAAUGGAAAUGGAACAAGCUGUUGAACAUCAUAAAAAAGAAAAGCUAAGAAAAGACAGGGAUAUUGUUACAAAGAAGAAUCGAAAUAAAUUGUAUAACAUGUUCCCAGGUGCUGAUCCUACUGCUCUAGAUGAAAUUUUUGAAUCAAAUAACUGUUGCCUUGAAACAUCUAUUAAGGCUCUUGAAGAAGAUCUUGGUAAUUCAAAAACUACGGGAUAUGGAAACUUAACCCUAAAGGAGUGUGAAGGCUAUGCUGAAAUUUUGAAUGAAUCCAUUGAUAAUUGGAAUAAACCUAAUAAUACUUCUGAUUUUGCAAGUAAUGACUGGAAUGAUUGGGUUCAUAAUGGAGAAACUGAUUAUCUUGAAAACAAUCCUAAAGCAACAAAAGAAAUUACAACACUACCUGUUUUAUCAACUGUAACUCCAGAAGCUGAAGCCUUGCGUGGUAAGGCUGUUGAACACUAUCUAAUGCAACAAAAGUGUAUACAGAAAUCUAGUAAUUAUUAUCAGCGUGGUAUGAAACCUGUUGCUUCUUUCUAUGCUCAGGAUGCUAGUGAACAUCGCCGCAAAUUUAAAGAAGCAAACAAAGCUGCGUCUGAAUUAAUCGCUGAACAGAGGAAUGCUGGUUUGGGUUAUUUUACUCUGGAUCUGCAUGGAUUAUAUGUUCAAGAAGCAAUACCAGUAUUAGAAAAAUUUUUGAGAGAGAGAAAACUGGAAAUAAAGCGUAGGCCACAAGGUUCAUUGGCAAAAUUAACCAUUAUAACUGGCCAAGGUCUCCACAGUAUGAGAGGGCCAAAACUUCGUCCAUCUGUUAUAGAAUAUUUGAGACGAACUGGAUAUUUCUAUUCAGAAAUUCAUGUUGGUGUGCUAGAAGUUUAUUUAAAUUCUGAUGGUUGUAGUAGUGCAUCUAGACAUGUACCAAAAGAUGUAAGUAAAAAAAGUUGUAGGAAAAAAAAUUGGUUAAAUGAAGGAAAAUAGAAUUUUGUGUAAGUAUUUAGGUAAACAUCAAGCCUAGAGAUUUUUUUUCUCCAUAUUUUCUCUCAUUUCUUCAAAUGAUUUUAAAAAAAUUUUAAAUUUUGUUCCUUUUUUUUAAAUUUUAUUUAAUUUAAAUAUAAAAGUAGUAAUCCAUCUGCUCAAACUUUACUUUUUCUUUGUCUUAAAAUGAUUUCAAAAUUAAAUAAUAUUAAAUAGUUUUUUUAUUUUGCAGGCAUUCAAAGUAAUUUUUAAUCAUGAUUUUAUCCUGUAUGUCAUUUCUUAAGUAGUAAUUUUACAAUGCAAGAAAUGGAAUCUCCCCCCCCCCCAGGACAAAAAAAUGAGGCAUGAUUUAUUGAUUGAAAUGUCAGGUUUCUUCUUUUAACUUUAUCAUUGUUAUUAAAAUAGCAUCCAUGUUUUAUUAUUUUUCUUUGUUUUAUUCUGUUUCAUUGUAUAGUUUUCUUUUGCAUUGAAUGUACAAAUAUUUACUUCUUGUAAAGUGUUUCUCAAAUGAUCUUUUUUAAAAAAAAUAAUUAAACAUGAAUAAUGUAUCAUUAUGUAUAUUUCAAAUAAUUUUGUAUGAAAAAGUAAAAUUGAAUUUUCAGUGAAGUUUAUUUGAAUAAUUAUCUUCAUUUUCUAUAAAAAACAAAAAGCUCUCAGUCCCUUCUCUUUUUUUCCCACAUCGAUUCUAUUUUUAGUAAAUUCUGCACUAUAAAUGUUAAGUUUGAGUGGUAUUUGUGUUGUUUUAACUCAUGAUUGUAUCUGUGUUACUUUUUCUCUCUGUUGGUUUCAGUUUUAUGGAAGAAAUUUAAAAUGUUUUGUAAUACAUUUUAAUUGAUCUUUGAAAUAAGCAUGCUCUUUUUGUAUGUAUUUUACUGUUGAUUGAAAACAUCUGUUUAUAUAAAGAAAGGCGUUUAUUAUGUGUGGGUAAAAGAAGUGUUGUCAAAUGAAUGAAUUAAGGUUAGAAUUACAUAUUCGUUUUACAAUAUUGUAUCCGUCCACUUGACCUGGCUAAAGUGCCUUAAGCAAUGCUUUACGCUGUACAGCUUCUAUUUUAAUUUCUGACUUUUUAUUGGUUUAUUCUACUUAGACUACUUAAUGGCUCUAUGUUCUAUUAUCCAUUUCAUGUGCUAAUAUGUUAUCUGUUAUCUUAGUUGUCUACAUUUUAAUAACAGGACUAUAUAUAAUGGGUAACAAGAAUUGUUUGUUAUGUGCAAAUUGAUCACAAAUUUUGAUUUAUGUCAUAAGAUUGAAAAGUAUGCUCUUGUUUAUUGACUUAUUUUUUAAUGCCUAUUCUAUUUUUGUAUGCUAAAGUAAAUUCCACAGCUUUUUAGAAUCUAUAAUAUGCAUCUAUGACAGAUAUUAAUAAUAUAAACUGAAGUGGUUUGAUAUACUUAAAAGUCUAUGGCUUUGGAAGUCUUGGUAAUCAACGAAAAACGUCAGAUAUGUACUUUCAUGCUUUAAGUUACCCUCGAAGCAGGCAUUUUUAUCAAAUGAUUUUAGGUCUUGGUUAUGAGGUUUUAAAAAAUGAUAAACUAUAUAUAUAUAUAUAUUGUUUAAGCUUUGAUUUCUUAAGAAAAUAGUUGCAAAUUGUUAAUUGAAAAUUGUUGUUUCUUAAAUUAAUCUAUUUUAAUGAUUAAUGUGAUUUUAAUCACAAAAUAAUCAUAGUUAAAUUGUAAAUUUAUCUAGGAUUUGCCAAGCUUAUUUUUAAUAGUAUAAUUUGUAUUGGAAUAUUUUUAAAUCGUACUUUUUUGUAUGAUUUUUAUAAAAAUUUAAACUUUAUUUUAAAAUAUGUCAGUUUUAAAUAGCCAAUACAAUGUCAAAUGUGUCAAUUUGAUUCUAGUUAGUACUAAAUGCAUGCCGCAUAUAAGACAAAAAUCAUUUUAAAAUGUGUGCCAUUGUUUUGGAUGGAAGGCGUACUUUUUUUUGUGGCAAAAAAAAUCCCACCCUCUACAGUUUUACGAAAGUACAUAUUUGUAGAUAGAUGGAUAUGUGCUUUCAUUGUGAUUUUCAUAUAUAAAAUUUAGUGCUUUUGCUGAUUUGCCUUAUUUACAGCAAAGUUUAUUAUUUCAAAAAUGCAGACAUAUUUGGAAGCUUAUUAUAGAUUUAAAGCUGUGAACUCUGUAUAACUUAAUUUUCUAUGAAGUAUAUUAGAGUCCAAAUUAUCUGAGCGAAUUUAAAUUAGUUGGAUAAGAGGGGGGGGGGGGAAUCAGAUGUAAAAGGGACAUAGGUAGGAAACUAAAAUUGGUUGAUUUGUACAUGAUAAAAAUAAUCUAAGAUAAGUUGAAAACUUAUAACACAAUCAAUAAUAAUAAGUAAUGAAAUACAAAAUAUUUUUAUAUUAAUAUUCCAAAAAGGCCAUAUUCUCUAAUAAAGAUGUUAUCCUCCAGAUAAAAUUGUGGAUCAUGAUUGCUACAAUAUUAUUUAUAAUAGCUCAGAUAAAUUAGAUUCUACUAUACUACUUUUCUGCAAAAAAGUUAUUAAAUAAGCAGAUUUUUGAACUUGCACUUAAAAAAGGGGGGGGGGGUAAAAAAACCCACCAUAAUGCUGAUUGUAAGAAAAUUACACAAUAAUACUUUUAAAUAAAAAUAUAUUGUAAUAGAACAAAUUUUCAAAAAUUUUAGCAUAUGAUGCUCAGAUAUUUUAAAAAAAAUAUUUUGCAUAUAUCAGAUGUUUGUUCAUAAAUUGAAAAUGGUUGUGAAGUUAUUUAAUAAUUGUAUUAUUAAAAAGAAACAAAUGAUUUUAAAUAUUUCAUAUAUUUUAUUGUAAACUGUUUUUGAUUCAUUUUCUUAACAUUAAUGUUAAAACAUUUGUACAUAGUUUUAGCCACAAAGCAUACAUUUCAUAAAAAUGAUUUUAAUUUUUUUAUACUUUUAUCCAUAUUGCUUUUAAAUGAAUUGAUGUUCAAAUAUGAUAUCAUUUAAGAUGCAUUUUAUGCCUACUUGUUUCUUGUUUUAACAAUAAAAUAAUACAUAGAAGAUUUUUAAGAUUCACUUUUAUAUAUUGUUAGAAUAGGAAAUAAGCCAAUGGGAUUUUGGAGAAAAUAUAGUGAUCAAACUUGCAUGUGUAAAUAAUAUUUUAUUCAAUUUUAUCGCAUUUUUCACUUUUUAUUAUUUGAUGUCAUAUUUUUUCUUUUCACUAAAAUUUCUUGUAAUUUUUUUUUUUUUUUUCUGAUGCAAUCUAAAAUUAUCCUUAUAUGCUUUGACUUUGCUUUGUAAUUUCAUAUCACGUAGUAUUGAUGACAGUGAAAACUCAAAUUGGCAGUAUAUAAACUUCCAAGCCUUUUACAACAUACACUUGUUUCUACAACUUUUAAAGCUGUAGUGUUAGCAGUAUUUUAAUUUUUAAUACACAUUUUUAUCAUUUAAAUUUUAAUGUAUGUAAUUUUAUGCAUGAUUAAUGUAUGUUAAAACUAAAUUCUGUUUUGCGAUAGCCUUUAUUUUUAAAUAUAUAAAAUGCAUAUUCAGGAUUAUUUUAUUUGGCACUAGCAUCGCUUGGAUGAAAAUGUUUUCAUUUUAACUUGAUAAUAUAUUAACUUUAAACUAGUAUUAUCCUUCUGUUCAGUAGUUUUUCAAAAAAGCUGCAGAUUGCACCAAAGCAUUUUUAAACAUUUGUCAUUCAUAAGUUAGAAAUGAUUUUUAAAGGGAAAUAUAAAAUUUAACUAAACAUUGCAAGUGGCAAUUUGGAAGGAAAAAAAAUAAAAUAGUACAAUAUAUCUAUUAUAUUCUCAUUGAAUAAAAAUGGUAUCAUUAAAGAUAAAAAAAAAAAUUUCUAUUCAUGGAACAAUAGCUUUAAAUUAAUAAAAAUAUUAGUUCAUUGUCAAAAAAUCUUUUUUUGCAUUUAAAAAUAUUAAUGAGCCCAAUUUUAAAAUAUCUGUUCUUUUGUUUUGAUUUCUGUUGAUUAUAUCGUGUAUAUGAAUUUUUUUCUAUUUAUAUUGAUUUUAUUAUACCCAUGUCUUUAACUUUCAUAUUCUGUCAAAUUGAGACGUCACUGAUUAUAGUUUAUUUGAAUUUACUCAAAAUCCAAAGUAAAUCAUAUUACUUUUUUUAACUUUAAAAAACACACACGUUUUCUGUAAAUUUUUCAUUUUUUUAUUAUGAUUAUUAUUUUUUGAAUAUCAAACUUAUUUUAUCAACUCAAGUACAAGAUUUUGACUUUUAGGAAUACUCAUUUUAUGAACCUAGAGCUGAAAAGGAGAGUUAUGGUGGUUAAACAAUUGAUUUUCUACUGAAAUUGUCAAAAUAUACAUACAUUAUUAUUGAAAGUUUCUCUGAAGGAGAAAUAAGAUUAUUUUUGAGUGAUAAAAUCAGUGAAAACACCAGAUUACACAAAACUAUUUUUCAGCUCCUGAUAACCUCAUGAAGAGUCAUUUUUUGGUUCCUAGUUCCGUUGAUGAAUACUGAAUAAAUAUUAGGUAUGAUUUGUAAUUUUGAAGUAUUGGUUUGAAUUUUGAUAAGAAAUGUAUGCAUGUGCUAUAUGACAUAUCCAAGUGAAUGAAAAAAAAUAUGAAUUUAUAUAACUUGGAUGAAUAUAAAUUUGCAUUUUCUCUUUCUUUUGUAACUUUUGUUCCACUUCCUAAAACAUUUGAUAAAAAUUUUAGGACUUAAAUUAUUGUUUUCAUGUUAUCUUUAUUUUGUUCUUUAGUAAAUAAUAAUGCUUAUUAAUAAAACUCUUAUUAAAAUUUUUAAAUAAUAUUAUGGAAAUAUCUGUCAAUUUUAUGUCAUAUUGAUUUAGAAAAAAUACUCAUUAAAGUUAGAGAGUUAAAAAAAAUUAAGUGAAAAACUACAUAUAUUGUCUAUAUUUAUAUGCAUGGAUUUUAUCAAAUGUAGACAUUUAUAUUAAGAUUUUAUAUAGGCAGAACAACUACAAGCAGGAAAGUUUUUAACAUUGUUAUAUGUAUUCAUCUAUUUAUUAUUCAAAACUAUUUUAUUUUAGACUAAAAUUUUAUUUUUAAAAUAAGUAAAAUUCCUCUUGAACAAUUUUAACUGUAAUGGUAGAUGAAGCUAAGUUUGUAACAGUACUUUUAUAUUCUAAGAAAAAAAAAGAAAGAGAAUCAGUGCUUUUUUUUUAUUUAUUUGUGAUAUAUAGAUAAGGGAAGAGAGAUAAUACUUUUUAAUCUGGCCAAUUGUAGUCUGUUUAAUGUAAAUAAAAUAUUUGUAAUAUAAGAAGCUGUACAAAAUAAAAAUUUUAUUUUAAUGUGAAUUUGUUCUUUGUUCUUGAAAUUUUGCCAUUAACAUUUAUAAAACUUGUAAAUAGAAUUUCAUUUUGAAAAAAGAAAAAUGAAUCUUGAGUUUUUCAUUUAUCUCUCACAGAAUAAAGUUUUCUCUGUUUCUCAUUAUGAAAAAUUGAUAUUUAUUUUCCUUGUUUUAAUAUUUUACAAGUACUUCAAAGAUAGUUCCUGAUUAACCAUUCUUGUCUCGCUACUUUAUUAUGAGGAAGUCAAUUUUGUUUGCUAGUUGUUACAAAAAUGAAUCUGUGGUUCAUCUUUUGAAACUUUCACAGAUGCUACCUAAUAAAAGUAUUAUUUCCCUCGGCAUCAUAAAAUUGUGAAAUUUGGACAUCAUGAGUACUCAGUUUUUAUUUUCAAUGUGCCACUCAUGAGUACUUUAUGCUAUAUAAUGUAAUGUAAUGAAGAAAACCAAGUAUACAUUUUGAACAUCCUUUCUCCUCUGAUCAAAAUCAUUGUAAAAACAAGAUCAGGUAUCAAAUUUCAUUUAUCUCAA